GGAAACCACAAUUCCCAGGAUGCACUUGAAAUCGCCGCGGUCACUAAACGGGGGAAGGGAAGCUGAGAUUGGAGGGAGAAAGAGUCAAAAACUGAGUUUCCAGAUGUCUGAUUAUUUGGACAUAUGACAACCCCUGCUGAGGAAUCUGGCCAUACAAGAACCUUACUCAUGACCCAUUUCGUCCUGGACACGGACAAUUCUUAUGUGAGACGUGUGCUGUUUCACGUGAGGCUUAAGACUUAAGAUAACUUUGGGGGAACAAGAUAACUUUGGGGGGACUGAAUUGAACUGCGGCACUGUGCUGUUAACCUGGUGUUCCCCAUAGAUUCAUCUUCAGUGCCAAAGUAAUGAAGCGUCUUGGACAGGGAGAGCUUAACCCUGUCAAGCAAUGUGUUCAUCCAGCCUCCAUGUACCUCUGAUGGGGCAAAUGAGAAAACCCAUUGGCGAGGCAGAUCUGUGGAGGAGAGGAAGGAGGGAGGAUUCUUGGAAACUCAUAUAUUGACCGUUAUCGUUUCCUGCAAUUAACUGUUAUAGAACAACACCUGUACAUUCCACUUGGUAUACACACACCGAUGCAGGAGAGUAGCCUUUGAAGUGACUGAACCAAGAUCAAAUCAGACGUUUUCCUUAAAAACCUGGACCCCUCUUAUUUUACACCAAAAAUUGGUUUUUAUUGAAGAAUACGAUGAGCCUGACUUCAGUGAUACACAUAGCCAAUUACACAUUUCAGUUAGAUCAAGCUAUGAACAUUGGAACAUUGGCCCCUUCAUGUAUAUAAGAAAAGAGCAGCAAAAAAUUUGCAGUCACUACAAAAGGCACACAGAGAAAAUCAUGGUGGUCCUUGCAUCAAGUCCUUUGCCCACUGUGGUCCAUGACCCCAAAGACCUAUAGAGGGCAAGAUCAGGAACACACUUGCCAAGAAAUACACACACGUGCAAUGGAGGGAAACUCUGGUGUCACGACGCACACUGAGGUCCUGUAUGGUUUGUCCCAUGAGUUUAAACCAUCAGAGGAGAUCACAAAUGGCCACUCCAACUAUAAGCCUACCAUGAAUGGACUAAUAGUUGGUCAUAAUGUCAAAGACCACAGUAAUGGUAGUGCAUCACUUCGAUCCCUGCCGAUUUCAGCACUGAAGCAGAAUGGUAUUCUGCAAACCCUGGCAGCAGGAGGGGAACAGCCCAAGGCUGCAGAGGAGAAUUUAGAGUUGGAGAAGGCAAGAGAGGAGUGGGAGGCUCUCGAGGGUGUCCAACCAGCUCUCACUGAUGAUUCCAACCCAAGUCCCCUCAUUUCCUUCAAUGAAGCUCUGCAGUACUUCCAGACCACAGACCUCGGGGAGCUGCUGAAGAACAUUCAGCCCACCAUUCGCAGGACAGGUCUGGCUGCGAUCACACACUUUCUCUUUGGGCCCCCACGACUGCACAGAGAGCUCCUGGAGGAGAGGGACCUGGUCUUUGCUAUUGCACAAUGCUCUCUGGACAACAGCCAGACAGUUCACAUGCGUGUCCUGCAGACCAUUUAUAAGAGGCUCAUCGGCAGCAGGCUGGACUGCCCCCGCUACGGGACCCACUGGGAGAACAUCGGCUUUCAGGGUACUGACCCAGCCACUGACCUCCGUGGUACUGGUUUCCUGGGGCUAAUGCACACUCUGUAUUUCGUAAUGGACCCAGAGACUCUACCAUUGGCAAGAGACAUCUACAAGCUAUCGCAACACCCGACACAGAGCUUUCCAUUCAGCGUGAUGUCAAUCAACAUGACCCGUAUCGCUCUGCAAGUACUACGAGAGGAGGCCUUGUCCAAGGAGUGUAAUCGCCGUCAGCAGGUGGUCGGAGUGUUAAAUGAGUUCUAUGUUGCCACAUAUCUCCACUUGUACCAGCUGUGGAAGACCCAACAGAAGACCAUUUCUGACUCUGGCUUUGUACUCAAAGAAGUGGAGCUGUUUGCCAAAAAGAACCCCAAGCAGUUGCUGCGUCGUCUAGAGGUCUUCCUGAAAGAGAGGCGGUCAGGAGGAGUUCCAUGGGGGGUGUCCCCUGACCCCCAAGCCCAACAGCCCUCUCCCAGCCUAGGGGAUCGAGGGGCCAAAGCUGGGGUGGGGCUGGGAAGCAAGGGGAAAGAGAUGCAUUUCACAGGAGUAUGUGAUCUACCACCAGACAUGGAGGGAGAGGCCAGACUCAUUUAGAUUAGACAGAGUGUGUGUGUGUGGGUGUGUGUGUGUGUUCAUGUUUUGAAUAUGUCUGUUAGAGUAGGUGUGAAAGGCUUAUCUUCAGAGAUCUAGAAUGAGGACCCCCACUAAGCCCUGACCUAGGACCUGCUAUCUGAUCCCAUUCAAACCCUUGAACUGCCUCCACUAGUGCUGGGGGUGCUGCACUUUGAUCAGUCUAUGAAAUAGGGGCUUGCACAAUGCUUUUUUUUUUUUAAGAGAACAGUUACCUACAUAAAACUAAUGCAGGCCAGGAGUACAAGAUGUCACAAAACAAAGAGAAAGUAAAUGUUUGCACUUUUCUGUGGGUAUUGUAGCCAAAUUAGUAGCUGCCAAAUUCCUGUGGUCAUACUUUACCUGCCUAGAAGGCCAUAAUGUACAAAUUUAUGUCUCCGACAUCUCUGAGCAGACACUCCUGAAAACAAUUCUAUGUUCAACUCAAAAUGCACUUGCUUUACUCGUUCUUGAUUUAGUUGCAACUUUUAUUCCAGUGCAUAUGAAGUGUGCCUGUCAGCACGUUUUGUGCGUUGGAAAGACAGAAAAGAGGACACGUUCUUAAGGUUCCUCCAUUUGCAAGUGUUUGGAGGUACAGACAGGCGGUAAUUGGCUGCAGCAAUUUGUCCUCUAGUGCACUCAAAAGUGUCGGUAGCUAUUCUGAUAGAAUAGUUCCAGAGCUCCCAUUUCAUUUGGGGGGGGGGGGGUAUAUAUUUUAAAUGAAUCAAAGAAAGAGACUAUUUUUGUCCUUUGCAAAGCGACGGCUGUCAUAACUGCAGUUACAUAGUCAUGUGUAAAAGAACUUGAGAACUCUGUUGAUAAAUUGAGGGCUGAGUGACAGCAAGUAAGGAUUUCUUACACUGUCCAACUCCACCACAACGUGUGACGAUCCUCCGACUUGUAAACAUCCUUUGACCUUUCAUGGUUGAAGCCAUGUAGAUAUUCCAUAACGGUCUGUUCUAUGCUUGGUCCUGGCUAGAGUCAAAGUUCUGGUAUGGGCUCUCUAUACAUUCCUUUAUAGAGCAUGUGAUUGUAAUUUUUUGACCAGUUAAAAGUUGAUUACGAUGAGCGUGCUUGUUUGUCUGAACCCGCGUGUGAUGAAAUGAAUGAGCUUGAUGAUAUUGAUGAAGGGUGCCUCUCCUAAGGUAUAAAUGGUACAGUAUGCAAUCCCAGCUCUCAAUUAAUGAUAAUCAAAAACAAUAGUGCUGUGUAACGAUAGAUAUCGUUCCUUACUUCAGGGUUUGUGUGCAUGUGCAAAGUGUGCGUGAAUGUGAGCGUAUCUGCAUUGUAUGGCAGGAACUGACUACAGAUGGGGCAUUUUACUUGGCACAAAAUAAGCCAGCUUUACUAAGGACCUGCUCCAUCAAAUCGAGGUAGAAAGAGGGUACUUUUCAUUUCUUAAUGGUACAUCAACUUUCCACAGGAAAAGGAUAAAAAAGAGGAUAGACAACUCAUUUGUUUUUUUAACAGUUAUAUGAUUUUAAUGUUACUUCUGGAUGAAAUUGCCCUGCUGAAUCUUUGGCCUAGGUGGAGCUGCUCAUCAAAAGCUGGUUUUCCAUUUGUGCCGAUGUGAAGCCGUGCCCUGUAGUCGCAAUCUGUAGCAUGUUCAGGUAGCCCUAGUACUGUAGCAUCCUAUAGCCGCCUCCUCUAUGUAAGGCUUGUCGAAGUCACGUCUCAGUUGCAGUCUGUAGUGUCAGUGAGUGUGCAAACCGUUUCCGCUAUAGUACAUUCAUGUCAUACUUGCAUCGAGCCUCCCUCAGUAGACGCAUAUUUAGGUGGUGCAAUUGUUGUUUGGCGACUUCGGAGGGAUGAUGGAGAGGCUUUACAGGUUAUCAAGCACCACUGUCUUCUGAGAAGGGAACGGAAAGACCAGUGCCUAGAACCAGCAGAGCUAUGUGAGGCAGAGCACAGAUCGGUCCUUACUUCCUCUUUUGUUUCACUUGUGUCAUUGUGCCACGAUACACUUCCUCCGUUUAUGUGAAGCGGUACCCCUAAGACAGAGUGGAUCUGAACCCCUGAAUAAUUUACAGUACAGACACGCAGGCCUAAUGGAUGUACAUAAAUAUACGGGCGUGUUAUUUUGCGUCAGCACCUACGCAGUUUAAUAUUUAUUGCUUUCUUUCUCUUUUUUUUUCUACCCUAACCCACUUCUCUGUAGUGAGCUGAUGCAUUUUGCCAACUCUUUGCAAGUGUUUUGGUUGAUUAGCAAAAUUUGCACUCUUUGUAGAUGGUUGAUUGUACGUGUGAAGUCUGCAUGGGGAGAAGACGGACCAUCUCCAGUAAACAUGAUACUCAUUACUGACCACCUUGUUAGUUAGACUUCAUGAAGUCUGAAUCCCUUCCUCAUCCUAAAUCGUGUUGUUCACGUGAUUUUUUUCAUUCAGUUUUAUUGAAUUUUUUUUUUUUGUCCGAGAGGAGCAGUACAGUGUGAAUCAGGAAGUUUGUAAAUAAAGUAUAAAUGAUUGUAAUUGUAUGAUUGUCAGUAGGGCAUUAUACUGAUACACAAUGCUUACCUCAAGACUUGAGACAAAUCUCUCCUUUUCUCUCUCUUGAUGUUUGUUUGCGAUGGCCUGCAGCCUCAGUUAUCUUCUAUUCAGACUAUCUCUUUGUUUUCUUGUACCUGGGCCUUUUUCCGUCAUACAAAUUGGAGAUGUUUAUGUAACGUAAUACAAAACACCGGAUGCACUACAUAAUGGCAAACUAACACACAAGCUGGUCAGUGUUGUGUGUGUGUGUGUGUAUACUAUAGGGACACAUUUAUACACAAUAUAUACGCCCACACAUGCUCCGAUUUACAUAGACUGCAGAAAGAUGAGAUCCUUUGGAACGAUCUAUAUAAUUGGCUGAUAAUGUUUUACCAUGUUGAUAUAAGCUGGUUUUCUUGUGACUUAAGUGGUAGUACAGUAUACCUUUGCUGUGUUUAAGUGUUUGAUGUCAGGAAAACACUCAAAACAACCCAGUCCUCCCAGCUACAGCACAGACAAAAAGAAAGGUCGAAUAUAUGCAAGAAUAUAGGCUACGUCUUGAUUAGUUGUCAUAAUACUGUAUAUGCUAAAACCUUGUAUCUCCAAACAAAGUCUGAUUUAUUCUCAUAUUACCCAAAAACUUAUUUUUUCAACGAUUAUUAUAGGUAAUUUUCUUAUGCGUUGAUCGUUCGGAAUCUCUUUUAAUUGUGAAUCCAGAAACAGGAGAAGACGAAGAAGAAGAAAAAAAAACGGGUCCAUGCAGGGAUGUUGAACGCUCUUAAAGAGGAGUAGUCUGAGGUUCUGCUUCCCACAGUAGCUCGACAAACACAAUCACUUCUCUCAAUAUCCUGCGCUUUAUAUGAAGGUGUUUUACUGUUGCUGUUGUCGUCUCGUCCCUCAGAGCAUUUUAUGGCUGUACUUUGAUUGUAGAAGCCCUAUUUUAUAAUGAGAGUUAUUUCAGAAUAUGUGCUGUUGUACUUUAAAUGUAUGGGGGGGGGAGCUAAAUAAAUGCCAUU